CCAUCGAUCUGUGGAUUUAUUUUGCCUAUCUAUGACAGGUGGGAGAGAUUUGUAGAAUGGAUUUAUCAAUAUUUUGUCUUGGUCGCAUCUGUGUGGAGAGGGAUUUUAUCAGACUCAACAACCUCAGCCAUCUGAAAAUGACAGAUACAGCAGGUGGCUAAGGACCUUGGCAAUUCUACAUAAUUCUAUGCACUCCUGUUUUGUUGUCUCCAAGAAGAAUCAGCUUGUAUUUGAAGACACUGGAAAAUGGGCUGCUCACCAUCCAAAGGUAACAAUUUUGGGACGCUGGGCCCCAUGAGGAAGGGGAGAAUGCUGCCCAAUGCACCUCAAGAAAGCCCCAGAGAUUCCCACUUUGAAAAUGGAGAUAACUGUAAUUCAACUGGAUCAACAGAUGGGGAUUCAAAGGAGAGGAAGACAGGUGGACAGACACAGGUAUUUCAGAAAGAGGCUCAUAUGAUGCCACAAAAAAAGAGAUCUGUGACUGAGCUAGCCCCUGAAGCCGUAAACAUGGAUAAAUUGGGAAGUCAUGGAAUGGGAAACAGCAUAGUUUCACAGAGAAAAGAGAAAAGUGUUGAAAAGCAGGAUGUGACAGAGAAAAGGCCUGGCAGAAAACCAAAGAAGAAUACCAGAGGUAUCAAGGUGCCAAAAAAGAAAGACAAGGACAAAGACAAACCACCUACAGAACAGAAAGUGGACUUCCCAGAACCUUUGGUAAAAGCUCACCAAGCUGCUUAUGCCUUUUUGAAUCCUAGCAUAAACAAAUAUGAUGUCCUACUUGGACUUUUGGAACAAGCAACCCAAACGCAGGUUUCUGUGCAGCCUAUGGUUGCUUUUAUGGCUCUACGCUAUGAGGAAAUAAUUCAGGGACUGGAAGAGAUGGCAGAUGAGGGAGAAAAAGUUUUAAAAGAAAAUGGAGAACAUCUUGCUUGGCCGAGUCAAAUGAAAAAUCUCUCAUCUUCUCCACCUCUGAAGUCUGGCUCUGCUAAUAUUGAGCCCCCACCAGAUUUGUUGCAGCAGCUGCUUCAGUACACCACACAGAGAAUGAGAAAUGUGAGCCAUACUGUUGGUGGAAUUGGGGAUUCUGCUUUGGAGGAGGCAGUGGAGUACUUUGCUUCUGUCUCUGAACUUUUAGAGGAGAAACUAAAAGUCAAACGUGCAGUAGAGACUCGGCUAAUGCAACUCUUAUCUCGCAUUGAAAUGGCCUCCCUGCGUAAGCCUGGGCCAGAGGAUUCUGCUCUAUUUAGUGAGGACAGCGGUAUUGGGGCUGAGAAUGAAUCCCUUGCUGGAUCUGAAAGGCGCCAUAGACGAGAGAGUUGUGAGUCCACUGGCACAAAUAGAACUACUCCUGUCAGUCCUAUGGGAUACACAUCCAUGAACAUUCGGCAAAAAUUGUCAAGGCAAAAGCUUGCAAGUAAAAUAAGUCCAAGUGUUUCUCUCACCUCACUCAACUCAUUAGGUUCGACAUGUACCAUAAUGGCGAAUGACCAAAGAGACUCAUUGCUAGGCUCGGUCUCCUUGGAUGAUGGAGAAGGAGACAACAAUGAUGACCAGGAGAUAGAUAGAGGCACAGGAGUUGUGCAGGUAGGGUUUAUAAAGCAGCCAAAUUCUUCAACUGCAUACUGUGAACAACGCCCAUGCCGCCUACCCCCAAAGCGCAUAGAGAAUCCUCAAAAUGUAGAAAUGACUCUCAAAAUGAAAAAUGCUAUAAGUGAUAGGACACAGUUUGUCCCAUCUCAGAACUCCAGUGCCAAAACAAAGGUAAUUGGCAGCCCAAAAACCAGCAGACGCCAGUGGACAGACGGUGAGGAACAAUCUCCAAGGAGGCUCCCGACAGCAGCACCUAUUAGGAAGGCAGUGGUAAAAAAGACCCCAGUGGCUAGGGAGCGACGUUCCCGGUCAGCAGAAUCCCUCCGGUGCAAAGGUGAAGAUAUUCCGCUUGAACUAGACAGAACUCAGAAGGAUUUAAACCAGAGGUUGCAGAGGAUGAGUAAAAGCAAAGCAGGUGGAGACACGAGGACUGCUUCAUCUAAACAAAAUCAAGGAACCUCACCAGCACAAUCUCCAGCAAUGAAUCGCAAACAUCCCUCACAAGAGAAAAACAGUAAGCCCCAACCAUUUAAAGACAAAGCAGGCAUUACAAGGAGCACCAAUAAAAAACAGGAGUCAACCAGUGAUGUUGAAGAACAGAAUUCGAAGGACAAGAAAACAUCCAAUGGUCCUAUAAAAGCCACCCCACCCCCUAGUCCUCCUUUAUCACCACGACCAUGUUCAGGCCUUUACAGAGGCCGAAACUCAGUCAAAAAACUGAUUGAUACCUUCAGUCAAGGAAUAGAGGAGCUAGAUGGUCCUGAAGUUCUGGGGCCUCUCAAAGGAGUACGCAAGUGUGGUGUUCCUGUGUUACCUGGUUUAGGAAAUGUAGAAGCUGUCCUUAGCACUGGGAUAACCAGCUGUAAACCUGAAUCUUCUACAUCUGAGAAAACUGAUUAUUUUGAUCUUGAAAGUCUCCCUCCACCUCCACUGGAAGUAUUAAUGGACAAUUCCUUUGAAAGCGCGCAGAGUCUAUCAACUGGUAUAGCAGAUGAAGGGGCCGCCAAAGUCAGAAAAUCGCCUGUAUUAAAAAGGGCUCCACUAUCACAACGACUGAGGGCCUCAGUUCAGGCAGUGACAGUGCUGCCAAGUAAAGGAGGCCUGCCACAAGCUUCCAAGGUUAUUUCCUUUGCUAGAGCAGGUCAAAAAGACACAUCUGCUCUGUCAAAGGUCAGCUCACCAGAUGUUCAACCAGAGGCAGACCCAAAAGAGGAAAAGGAUUCCUUGCACCAGCAAGCCAGAAAGAUCAUACAUCUGAAACACUCUUCAGACUCAGAGAGAUCAUCCACAAGUUAUGUAGCUGCAAAUCCAUCUGUCGUUCAAGAAGAAUCAGCAGACAAACAAAGUGGUGGUAACCUUUCAGUGCCUGGACCUAACACUACAGUGUCUACAGUGCCUCCUUCUUCAGUAGUCAGUAGCCAAACACCUGCCACCCCACCAAUGUCUAGGGGACGAAUGUUACCAUCCACACCUUCCACACCACAUCGAAGACUUCCCAGUCCCCACAACUUCAAAAGGCAACCAACUCCGACCUCUUCAGCUAGCCCCCCUGUUAACAGGAAACUCCCCACACCACCAGCCGUUCAGAAGAGGCUCCCCAGUCCACCAGUUGCGAAGGAGAACAUUUUAAACUCAAACUCAUCCUGCUCCUACCCUUUCAAAGCACCGUCUCCACCAGCUUCACCAAAAGUACAAAGAUGGUCAAGGGAGAACAGCAGUGAAGAGUCAUCUAGUGCUCGCACGAUCAGUAAUGCACGUUCAGUCUUCUGUCCUGCAUCUCCAACCCUAUUUGAAGCCCAGCCUUGUCCAGUCCCCCGACCCCCUCAAGCAUGGACCUCUACUGGGGUCUCUUUUGUCUCACGUCCUUGUGGAAGUCGUGGGAGGUUUCCUGUCUCUUUUCAAGGACCUCGACCCUUUAUCCGACGUAGCCAUUCAGACCGAAGGCCAAGUCUAAGUCUGCCACCAAGAUCACCAGGCAUCUCGGUGGCUGAGACUUGUGGGAGUGAGCCAGCAAUAAAUUCACAUGGGCUGGAUGAUGAACCAACCAAGGAUGACGAAUUAUGGGGUAGCCAAUCAGACCUCAGAGCUACACCACGCUCUGCAUCACACCCGGACCUGUGUGUUGUUGGACAGGCCUUGCAUAGAGACUAAAGGGGCCAGUGAAGGGCCAGAGGGAUUAUGGAUUAGAAGGCUUUACCAAGGAUUUAACAUGGUGUUGUUUAUUCCACUGGGAAGAGAGGAAGAGCUAAUACUAUCUGCGUGGCUGCUGUAACACACCUCCACAAUGUUUCUAAUAAAGUGUGGGAAAAAAAUCUUUUAGUUCAUUGUGUGCAUCUUCACAUGCAUACUUGAACCCAUAAUGUCUGUGCAUAAACAUGCCCUUGAAUUUGUUUUUGCAUUAUACGUAUCUCAGAGAGAAAUACGUAUUAUGACACAAUUUUAUGUUUACAAUUUUUUGAACUCAUCUAACACCUGAUUUGCAUAACGUUACUACAGAUGGCAGAGGACAGAAUGUUCAGUUCAUUCAGGUCUAAGGUUACAUCGUCAAAAUUCAAAUACUGUGUAGUGUUUUGGUGGUUCAAUUGUCUGACGUGUCUUUCUUAACUGUUAUUGAUUUUAAAAAAGAAUAGGGAAAAUUUGUCCGCAAAUAUUGAAAUGUGUCAAUACAUCAUUGAGUCA